AAAGCGUGAGGACAACGACGAUUACCAAAAAAAAUACAUAUUUUUGACGCAACACAAAUGCGGUCGCUGGCCUCUGUUUAACAAGUUUGCCACACAAAAAAAAACAUUAAAAUACACAGUAAACGACAGCAAGAUACCCUGUAAAUGACUGCUUCAAAUUUAUGUCUUGCUCUUUUCCAAAGGGUUGAAAUUGGCAUUUUACGGUUUUGGUUUAAAAAAUUCACAAACUUUCCAGUUUCCAGAUUUUCUACUUCCAUACAUUUGUAGCUAAAAAAAGACAAAGGAUUAAGAUAUGGAUUAAAAGAUUAAGCCAAGAAAGCUGUCCAUCAGAAUAGCUUCCAUUGUACUGUUCAGCUCAUCAGAAAGACAGUUCUAUUAAAACUGUAGCUUCUGGAUUUAUUCUCCACCUACCUCAGCAACGAUAUAUAUAUACAUACUUUACAUGAUCAUAACUAUCGCCUUAUAUGUUUUAAAGAAGCUCUAAAGCUUUUAUAUUUUACUUUAUACCGUCUACAAAAGUCUUGCAUCAAACACUUUUUGGCCAUUUCUUUGGCUACAGGGUAUUAGAAAAAAAUUUUAACUGAGCAUCCAAUUCGUAAAACCAGCUUCAGUCUCUUGAAGAUUCUUGCUGUCGUCUGCCAACUUUCAGUUACCAAACUGUCUCUCUGCCGCGCAAAUCGCUUGAAAAACCCCGACUAAAAAACUCAAAUAAAACAUAAAAAUCUUUCGUUAAAAUGCGCAGUUGUUUUACGCGAAAAUGUCUGCGGCUGGAGCUGCUGCUGCUGCUUGGUCUGCUUUCGCCCGGCCAGCCGGCGAAUCUGCUGAACAGCUAUCUGCCCGCCUCCAUGCAGGCGCUGGCCUACUACAUCGAUCUGCUGCAAUACGAGCCGCUGUCCAGCACCACGGCGGAGCCGCCGUUCAGUGCUGAGGGUCAGCAGGAUGCGAGCACCAGCCCGCUGCCACCGCCCAGUUCCACUUCAAAGCCAGCUGCUGCUGCUGCUGCUGCUAGACCCGAAAGCACAACGCGUCGUCCCACCGGCAGCACCAGCGGCUGGUGGCAGCCGCCUAGCUGGUGGGAGACGCCGCAACGCACCACAACCACGGCAAAACCGUCAGCAGCGCCAACGCCGCCACAUGGACCUGCGCUGUAUGCACCACCUGGAGGCAGGCGAGCACCUGUGCCGCUGGAGGGUCAGGCGCUGUUCGAUGAGAUUCACGAUGAUACGGACUUUGAUAGGCUGCCGCUCUCGCUGAUCCGUGAUAUACAGACGGAGGCGCUGCACGAUGACUUCACCAACGAUGUGGAAUCAUUGGAUAACUUCUUGCGUCUAUAUGAUGAUAAUUAUGGGCGUGCCGCUUUUGACGUUGAGUCGGCCAUGGAUCGCUGGAGCAGCACAUCGACGGCGGGCAAGAAACGUGUGCCGCCCACCAAGCCCUAUGUGGACUUUCUGCUUGUCUACGAUCUGCUCAAGCGUGAUGCCAAAGCGGCGAAUUUGAGCAAAUACGAGGGCUACUCAGACGAUUUGCUGCAGCAGCUGUUCGAGCUGUCGAAUGCCUCUUCCACGCGGCAGUUGCACACCCUGUUCCAGCGCAUGCUGGACCGUGGCGAUAUACAGCGCAGCGAUGUGGUGGCCCGUGUUCAGGGCAUUCUUAAGGAUCUGGGCAAUCCGAAUAGCCCCACGUCCAAGGCGCUCGUUCACAUACCCAGCAUGCAGUUUUUGCCCUAGUUCUUAAGGGUUUUUUGUCCAUUCAUCGAGCACAUAAUAAAUUCUUAAUUCAUAAUAUAUUCAUUUCAAA